CACAACCGCAGGAAAUUAAAAAAAGAAAAAAAAGGAAAACAAUCCCACCGCAGUGUUUUCAUUCCUCUUUCUCAUUCCUCCCAUCUCUUCUCUUCUAACUUCAACGUGGUGAACACUCUCCUAUCCUGCGCCCUUCUCUCCGACCUUCCCUUCCAGAAAUGGAGAAGUUGGAGACUCAUGAUUUCAUGAGCGUAGACUCCUUCUCCCAGCUGCCCUUCAUACGCCCUGCGCACAUUAGACAGAAGGGCAUCCGCCUCUUCGGCAUCGAAUUCACCAGCCAGAAAGAAACCGAGCUAGAUUCCGACGACGCUAACGUGAGCCAUGAUGCGAAGGAUACGCCAGAAGAGAGCAGCCGUAGGUUCGAGUGCCACUACUGCUGCAGAAAAUUCCCCACCUCUCAGGCCUUGGGCGGACACCAGAACGCGCACAAGCGCGAGCGCCAGCACGCUAAACGUGCGCACCUCCAGUCCGCCCUGGCGCACGAUAGCAUCCACGAGUCCGGGAACGUCUACGGCCUCCUCAAUUACCGGCUCGGCUCAGCGCCCGCUCCGAACGGCGCGUACAUGGCUGGCCGUGGGUUCGAGCCAUCUCAUCCCUACACGUGGAACAACCGUGUGUACGCUGGACACGUGGUGGACUCGCAACCGUUGCCUGGGAUGUGGAGAAUCCCGGUCGUACAAAGCCAAGGGCACCUGAUCUUGGAUCGCAACCGUCCAUCAACGGUCCAGAUGCCGCUGCUCGAAUCUAGAGUAGUUGAUUUAGAUGGCCCACCCUACAACCGCCACGUGUACGGAGGAGCCACCACCCUCAACGUGCAUGAUCCUGUGAGUUUGGAGCUGCGUCUGUAGAAAGAAAAGUGUGGGAAUUUUGUAUUAAAAAAAAGACAUUUUUUCUCUUAUAUGGAAAUGAUAUUUACACCCCACUUUUUGAUAUAAACAGCCCUUUGUAGACCCAUUUUCUUGAUUGGUGUUCACUUCACCAAAGAGACAAAGGGGUGUAUCUAUCAAAAAUAGGCGGUUUUAAUAUCUGCUCCCUUAUUAUUUCUUGGACUGAGAUGACUUUGCGCUACGUGGGCCACGCCUGCAUCAGAUCCACCCCGUCCAUCAGGUGGGCCGCCACAUUUUCACCGUGGAUCCAAAAAAACAGUUCAUUCCAAGCCUUGAAUGGGCCACACCAUGGGGAACGGUGUUAAAUCAUUCAUCUUAAUGCGAUGCGUCAGAUGGAUGGAUUGGAUGAGACAUAUACACCACGGUGGACGUACACACAAUUGGACGAUUUUAAUGGUGGGACUUCCCAUCUCGACGGUUGAAUUGGCUUGAUUGUUGGGUCCUGAUCCAAAUCCAAGCUGGCGAAGCUGAUGGACGGUGAGGAUCUCAUCCACAUCAAUUCAUCCCGUCCACGUCAGCAAAAGUCCGUUAUUUUCUUCGUUUUUCUGAGGCAUGUGUAAUUCCCAAUAAUGGAAAUUUUCCUUAUUUUUGUACA